AUGGGAAAGCAAGAGGUGUAUUUCACGAAUUGCCAGAUAUUGAUACAGUCACAAACACACGAGUAUAGUUUAUCGCAGCUUAGAUUACAAAAAGAUCAGAACAUUCGAGAUGUGUCUCAGAAAGUUAACAGACUGUCAAGACUAUCCUAUCCAGAGUUAAGUAAUGACAUAAGAGAAAAGUUUGCAGUAAAACAUUUAAUUAAUGCUAUUGGUAAUAAAGACAUCAUGUUCUAUGUAAAAGACAAAGAACCGAGAACAUUAGAUGAAAUCGUUCAGAUAGUUCAAGAUAAUGACGAGUUUGAUGACAAGAAAUCCAAUGUUGUUAAACAAGAUGAUCCAAUUACAAAUAUGAAUAACAGAAUAGAAAAUUUGUUCAGCAAUAUUGAUGAGAUUAAACGAGAUAAGUUUGAAAACAGAAAUAACAGUCAGAGAAAAGAUUUUAACAAUAAGUUUGGAAAUAAUAAUUUCAUCAGAAACAACAGUGCGAUUGACCAAAGAAAAAGUAGUUACCAGCAAAAUAAUAGAAACUUCAGUCAAGCGAACACUAAUAACUUCAGGCAAAAUGUUGGUAGUUUUAAAAAAUACGACGAGAUUAAAUCGAAACGUACAAACAGUAAAAACACCCUCCAAGUGUAA